CGGUUUGACGUGUUGCAACGCUAUACGAUAUUCCAUCAACUCCAAGUGCAAAUUGAAAUUCCCAGAAUAUUCAUAGCACUUUGUCACCUUCGUGUACAGUUCGGCACAAAAGUGUUUGUCAUCUGAAUUUAGUUAAAAUAUCAUAAAAUGUUGCGGGAAAAUCAGGAACGUCCUCCAACACACUUAGAAGAGCGAGUGCUGUAUGCAAGAAAUAAAUUUCUCUCGGCUUCUAAGCCGGCUGUGACAGGCGGGAAACCUAUAACUGAGGAGCUUGCUAUCGAGCUUCGAAUGACAACUUUCGGUACAGCCGCUUGCCCUCCGCGUGGAGAAUGGAUACACUCUCCAUUGGUCCUUCGAGCACCUGAUCAGCCACUCGCUUACGGUUUAGCUGCACCUCGUAAUGGAACCAGAUCUUUACUAUCCGGUCUACAGGCUCAUCUCAUCAAGUGGCUACUCUUCGAUUCCAGACCAAUGACUAAAGAUAAUAAGGCGACGGAACCACCUGAAAGCUAUUUGCGUCCGUCAGACGAACGACAGGAGGAAGCACUUUGGCGGGCGUGUAGUGAAGUGAUUUGGCGAUGCGGCGGCGGGUUCAAUUCACAAAAUCCAGAGACAAAGGUUACUGUUGCCCUGCCUACGGAGAAAACGUACGUGCAACAUAGUGCACAGUAUUAUCAGGAUGGAGUUACUGAAAAGCUGCAUUUAUUUGAAUUCAACAAGCUGGAAGAUUUGCAGAUCUUCAUAAAGCGGUACUUGUAUGUGUUCCAACUAGAUGAAGGUGCUGGUGCAUUGUUAGUUCUUUAUGCUGCUGUGUUAUCCAGAGGAUGUGAGAACAUCAUGAAAGACCUUGAUGGUAAAUUGAAUUAUUUAGUAUCUACUCAAGUGGAAGGUUCCAUCAAUGUGACAAUGCUGAUACUUACUGGAAGAGCAACUCCGUAUUUACAUAAUGGCGUUAUGUAUGUAGGUGAUGAGGAUCAUUAUGCCAUGCCACAAUUCGGAGUACUGUAUCGCAGUCUAGUGGGUUUACUUGUCUGGUAUGGGAGUGACGAUAAUGGGACCGGUCAUCUCACCAAGCAACAUCCAGGCUCCAGAUUGAAGACGCCUGCAUUGCCUAUAUGGGUUACCUGUUGUUCUGGACAUUACGGAAUAUUGUUUAACACAAAUCGCGAAUUACUCAGGAAUUAUCAUGCAGAAAGACGGUUCGACAUCAAUUACUACACGUGCGGUGGUUGCCACGUGGUCCUCAACGUGGACACCAGAAGCCACGAGGACGUCGUUAGCGGCCUGCGCUCUGAUGAUAUCAGCGCCACGCCCUUGGAGAAACUGAUUCAUACCAAAUGGCAAGACGCGAAGAUAACAUGGACAGGAACUGUACCACAUAUUGGAGAAAGUCCUAAAUGAAAUUAUGAAAAUUUUGCUUACUAGUCUUGAAUGUUAUAGUAAAUUGCUGUUAAAUAGCAAAAGAAAAAAAAACAGCGCAUUUUAGUUGCGUUAGAAAAGGAAUAGUACUUUCAAAACGUUUGCCAUAAAAUGUUAAACUUUCAACAUUUUUAAAAUGUAUCAUAUACUGUCAUGUAAAAUUCACAUACGUAGGAAAAAAAACGAAAACGGUCCUAUAUACGUGCCAUUUUAACCGGUAAACGUUUCCAAUGGACGGCCAAAAAAAAAUGAUGGCCGCCGACACGAGCUUUGGCAGAAUUCUAUUGACUAAUUUUUAGUUUUUUUUUAUCAUCGAGAGUUGAGUGAAUUCGGUAAAUGGAGUGAAUUUUUUUAGCUUUUAACUAGUAACCAUUUUACACAUCAAUAACCAGUUACACUAGUAACGACAUACAAUGUCACAAUAUUAUUUUAAAUCAAAAAAGGUUCUUUUUGCAUUAUGAGUUCGCUAAAAUAGCGAAGUGAUCAAGUCAUAGAUGCGUUGCCUACUUAAAAUCAAUUGGGUAGAGGACGCAUAGAAAAAUAUGUCCCCUUCCUUGAAUUCCCCAUCCGUCAAAUAUAGUUCAUUCUGUUUUUAAAUUUAUUUUAGUCUAGCUGUUGCCCGCGACGUCAUCCACGCAAUAUUAAUAAAAAGUAGCCUA